UUGGCCCUCGACGAGUCGUAUAAGGCGCGUCAUGUUAAUGUAAGACGAGCCUCCUUUCUCCAUCGCUCGUCUCGCUUUUUUCCCGAGCUCUCGUGCUCUCUCUCUCCUCUCUCUCCCUUUCUCUCCCCCAUCCAUCAACUCCUCGAUAGCCGCCUUAACGACUUCCGACUUCACCUGAACUCCUCCUUUGUCCUUUUCUCCCACGAACAUGACAGGCACCUCGACCCCUGCCCGAACCCCCGUCCCCACCACAUUCACGAUGAACUUCUCAACUGGUCCGCGAAGACCGGCCACGUCAUCAUCGGCACCCCCGACGUCGUCCCCUCAAGCGUCGAAUUCCACCCGCAGUGCGUCACGAACCCCCCAACGCUUGGGUGGGAGAGUAUCAUCACUUGCGGGGCCCACCCGUGGAUCACGAGACCCUUACCCCGCACCCUCUCCUCGAACCUCCCGAGCCAAGACACGAGCUCGAGCUCCUCGUUUGACGUGCUCCUCCUCACGACCCACACAAAAGGUCGGCCCGACGCCUCCAAGCCCAACCCGAGCUCCACGAGCUGCGAGGCGGUCAGGCUCGACAGGCUCCCGAGGCAGACACAACCGAGGCGGGAUCCUGAGCAUCGAGCCACUUCAAGCACUCCCCCCCAUCGAUCGAGGCCUCAUUAUUUCCUCUCUGUGCCUUGUCGAGCUCGUCCUCGUUGCAUAGGGAGACGGGCCCCACGCACCACACCUCCAUGCCUAGGCGGGCUCGAGCUCCUCAAACGUGUUGACCACGAUCCCGGAGGCCUCCGAGUAGGCAUCCUCGAUCCUGUCGACGAGCUCGGUCCACCAGCUCGGGACCUGACCCGCCGUGCCCUUGAUCUGGGCCUUGGUGAUCUCGACUCGAUCGGGCAAUCCGGGCAGCGCGAAGUACUCGGUGUCGGGCACGUCAAUGUCCUUGAAACCCUGAGAGACGGCCAACAUGUUCAUGCACAACAGGGUAAAACAGCCAAGCACGUGAAACACGAAUCGUGGGAUCCCGAGCCGAGUGGCCAAGGGUGUCGACCAUGGGUAGAAAAGGUCGGAGAUUAUGCAGGUCGGGGGAGGGCCAACUUCGACAGUCGGGAAUCUGAGGUGGGAGAUGCGGAUGUUGGAGCCGGAGGCGAUUGCCCGAUCGAUUAUGGGUUUGAUUCUAUUGAGAUCGUGACGGUUAAAUUGCGUUUGGCGAGCAAUCGAGCGGUGUCUACCAUGGGAAUCAUGUGGCCUUGGGCCAUGAAUGGGAGGAGGACAAAUAUUCUUGGAGUUCAU